ACGUGACUCUAAAACCAGAACAUGUCCCGUUAAGGGGCUUCACUGGGCACUGUGUUGGUGCUCGAUACUGGCUCGAGACAGAAACUGCGGGCGGAUUAGUAACUUUUCCUCAUGAAAUAAUCGGGAAGUUAAUGAAGUUUUGCAGUCAAGGGGUUUUCUCCAGGAGGAAAACUUCCUGCUGCUGCAGAAAUGGGGUUCCUGGGAGGAGAUGUAACUAUUCACAAUGAAACUCAGUACAAAUGGACCGUCUGCAUCGAGUCUCAGGAGCCAUGGCCUAAGUCUGACUUUUAUAUGACAUUCACAGUUGAACCCUAUGGAAAAAAAGUUAGAGAAUUCGUUGUUCCUAUCACCGCAAUCAGAAAGAUCUAUAUCAAUGUGAAGUAUGGCGACUGCUCAGAGAGAGACUGUUACAAAAAUCCACAUUUGUGGUACAGGAUGGAUAUAAAAGAUGACCCAUAUUUCACAAUUCGAGAGAGUGGAGACCACCAGCAAAUACAUCUGGACUGCAACAUACAUUAUGAGAGGAAGAAAUCAACAUGCUCAAAUUAUGGGAAAAUUGAAGAUGAUGCACGAGAGGAAGAGGAGCGACGCAGGCGAGAAGAGGAACAACGCAGACAAGAAGAAGAGGAGCAACGCAGACUAGAAGAGGAGCGACGCAGACUAGAAGAGGAGCAACGCAGACGAAUAGAGGAGCAACGCAGACGAAUAGAGGAGCAACGCAGACGAGAAGAAGAGGAGCAACGCAGACGAGAAGAAGAGGAGCAACGUAGACGAGAAGAAGAGGAGCAACGCAGACGAAAAGAAGAGGAGCAACGCAGACUAGAAGAGGAGCUACGUAGACGAAUAGAGAAGCGAUGUAGACGAAUAGAGGAGCGGCGCAGACUAGAAGAGGAGCAACGCAGACGAAUAGAGGAGCAACGCAGACAAAUAGAGGAGCAACGCAGACGAGAAGAAGAGGAGCAACGCAGACGAGAAGAAGAGGAGCAACGUAGACGAGAAGAAGAGGAGCAACGCAGACGAAAAGAAGAGGAGCAACGCAGACUAGAAGAGGAGCUACGUAGACGAAUAGAGAAGCGAUGUAGACGAAUAGAGGAGCAAUGCAGACGAGAAGAGGAGCAGCGCAGACGAGAAGAAGAGCAACGUAGACGAAUAGAGGAGCAACGUAGACGAAUAGAGGAGCAACGCAGACGAGAAGAAGAGGAGCAACACAGACGAAUAGAGGAGCAACGCAGACGAAUAGAGGAGCAACGCAGACGAGAAAAAGAGGAACAACGCAGACGAGAAGAAAAGGAGCAACGCAGACUAGAAGAGGAGCAACGCAGACUAGAAGAGGAGCUACGUAGACGAAUAGAGGAGCAACGCAGACAAGAAAAAGAGGAGCAACGCAGACGAGAAAAAGAGGAACAACGCAGACGAGAAGAAGAGGAGCAACACAGACUAGAAGAGGAGCUACGUAGACGAAUAGAGGAGCAACGCAGACAAGAAAAAGAGGAGCAACGCAGACGAGAAAAAGAGGAACAACGCAGACGAGAAGAAGAGGAGCAGCGCAGACUAGAAGAGGAGCUACGUAGACGAAUAGAGGAGCAACGCAGACAAGAAAAAGAGGAGCAACGCAGACGAGAAAAAGAGGAACAACGCAGACGAGAAGAAGAGGAGCAGCGCAGACAAGAAAAGGAGCAACGCAGGCAAGAAGAAGAGCAGCGACGUCAGGCCCAGCUUGAACGUGAAAGAAGAAUUGAGGAACAGAUUAAAAGGGAAAGUGAGCUCACUGCUAAGAAACUUUCACAAGCCACAGAGACACUGAAGCAGAGACAGAGGCUGAGAGGCCAUGAGGUCCACCACCAAACUCAUAUAAUGCAACAGCCACUGGACGCUGAAAUUGAAAUAGAUGAGGUUCCAGAAAUGGAGAAGAAAUUCAUGGAACUCUUGUUUGAAUAUCAAAUCACUGAAGAUGAAGACUCAGAGGAGACAUUAGCAGACAGAAUGAAAACUCUGCAAAAUGAGUUAAUGGUGGAGUUCUGUAAGAAACAUAAUCUGUCCAGUAGCUGUGUGUUUUCUUUCAGCAAUGGAGUUGGUUAUGAGACUCUGCCUCUACAUGAUAGACUGUCAGUACUUGAGGCAGUAAUGCGUUUAGUUCUUGAGGAGAAUGAAGAAGACCACACACAAAAACACGAACGGGACUUCCUCUUGGAUCUGCCUGAACUGUUGCAAGAUGAUCAUCCAUCGCUUGCGUUUAAUCUUUUACAGAGCAUUCUUCAAACUGAUAUGCAACUGUCUACACAGAGUAAAGAAAUUCUGUGUCAGAUUGCAUUCAACAACACAUGGAAACUGCCAGAAAUAACAGAUUUCAUGAGGAAACAUUUUGGCAAAGACAAAGAACAAGUGCAGUCAAUACUUCACAUUGCACAGACGUACAAGCUGGAGUAUGGGAGCGUCUUUACUGCUUUAGGUUCAGCUGAUCCCCUCAGAGGGUUAAAAAGCUAUGUUGACAAAGAGAGACACAAAAAUGCUGAUACUGUUAUUAGUGAAAUGCGUAAAGCGAACUACCCAGAGAAUGUCCUGAUAAUACUAGAGGACGUUCUGGGGUAUCUGGAAAUGGAGCUUCCAAAAUACAAAACAGCUAGUCUCAGUGAAAAAAACAUCCAGAAUGUAAAGAAAAUGAUUAGAGAACUGGAUUUUAACAACCCAGAUAGACAAGUUCUCAAACAUGUGCUAGUGGGAAUGUCAGUCGCAGUAAAGAUAUGCUCUGCUGUCACUAUUCAGAGGGGUAAAAAGGAAAUAGUCAUUGAAGGAUAUCUUCCCAGAUUAACUCAACUUGCAACCUUGAUUGUUUUCCUGCUUCCAAAAUCAAAAACUAAUACAGGUUGUCUACUUGAAAUUGGGACAGGUGAAGGGAAAUCUUGUAUUUUAGCCAUGCUUGCUGCAAUCCAUGCCAUUCGUGGUGUAAAGGUGGACAUUGUGACCAGCUCCCCGGUCCUCGCCUGUCGUGAUUUAGAGGAAUGGAGUGGACUGUACAACAUGUUUGGCAUAACGUCAUCUGCUGUUCCUCCAAUGCUGAAUGAUGUCUCAUCUGAAAAACAAGAGGAACUGACUCAGGAAGCAUACAAACAACAAAUAAUUUACAGUACUGUUGGGACUUUUGCAGCAGAUACACUGAAACAAGAGUUUGAGAAGAAAACAACUCGAGGAGACAGGAGGUUUGAGCUGGUCGUUGUGGACGAGGUUGACUACAUGACUUUGGAUAAUGGAGUUCAAAUAACAUUUCUGUCCCAUGAGGCGAGUGGCCUCCAGCAUUUGGAGCAAGUCCUAGCAAGCAUCUGGGCCAUGAUAUCUGCGUGUCGACCAAUUGAGACAGAAGACACUGGAGAGACCAUGUGGACAACAAGAGUCCAGAAUUUUCACACAGCUGCCCUGAUAGCAAUGAUUGGUUCAGAAAAAAGUGAUACAUUUUCACCACUGGAAAUUUUGUUGCCAGGAACCGAAUUAGGCUUUUACUCAGAGGAAGAUUUUGAAAAUUUGAAGCUCUCUAUUAAUGAUGAAGGAGAAAAGCAACGUGUCACUGUGGAAAAUGAGGCAUGGAAGACCAUCAUGGCCAAAACAGGAAUAGACCAACAGUAUGACCUGCUCAGUGUUCUCGAGAUGGGGAUGGAGCAGAAGGUGGCAUUCAACUGUUAUAUAUAUCAGUCAGAAACUAGAAAAGCCAUUCAGUUUGGAGAAAAAAAGGCAAAAACUGACCAAAACAUCAACAUGUUGCUCCUCGAGAAUGGAAAAGCUUGUGAGAUCUUGUCUGAAAAUUUGCUUGUUGAUGCCACUGUUAGCCAGCUGAAAUCAAAGAUUAAAUAUUCUAAGCAAUGCAGUUCAAAAGAAGGAGACAACACUCUUGUGAUCCCUUCUUUCUUAGAGAAAUACCUGGAAAAUCAGCUGCCAGUGUUUGUUGAGAAUGCAUUGAAGGCCAUUCAGAUGACCAAAGGCAGAGAGUACAUGAUCGAGAGAUCUCUUAGUGCUCAGGGAAUAGAUGUUAGUGAAGAAGAUCAACACAUGUACCAUGCAAUAAUUCCAGUGGAUUUCCAGGCCAGUGGAAUGUUGGAGAAAAGAAAACGAUGGGGUGAUGGACUGCAACAAUUUCUGGAGAUGAAGCACCAGUUAACUUUAUCACCGUUAUCACAUGUGACAAACUACAUGUCAAAUUCCAAUUUCUUUAAAAGAUAUCUCAGUGGGAAAGGGAUAUUUGGUGUUUCUGGAACACUGGGGGGAGAUGCUGACAAGGGUUUCCUGGCAAGGCAUUACAAAACGGACAGCUAUGUCAUACCAGCUCAUCAGCGUCAAAAGGUUACUGAGCUUCCUGCAGUCCAGGUGAGGGGAGGUACCGAACAAUGGCUCCAAACUCUUUGUGCCACGGUCUCAAAAGUCUCUGACAGAGGACAGGUGGUGUUAGUCGUGUGUGAGGACGUCAACACAGCAAAUGCUCUCAAAGAAAAAGUAAAAGCAGAAAGCAAACAUUCAGUUACCAUGUACACGAUGAGCGAGAGCCACAACAUUGAGAACCAGGAGUUCAACAAGGGACACAUCAUCAUUACCACUAACCUUGGAGGACGUGGAACAGACAUUAAGGUUACGGAGGAGGUUAAUCGCUGUGGUGGUCUCUUUGUGUUACUCACGUACUUCCCCAAUAACCGAAGAGUCGAGAAACAGGUCUUUGGGCGAACAGGUCGAAAAGGCACCCCGGGAAUGGUCCAGUUAAUACUGAACCAUGAUCAUCUAGCCAUGGCCUACCGAGGACAUUCUAUUGAGGUCAUGAGGGACCUCAGAGAAGAGUACGAGGUUAAUCGAAUAAAAGACAUGGAGAAGGAGAAACUAGCUGAAAUUGCAAUGAAGGAAGAGCUGUUCUCCACAUUUUGUCAGUUCCUUAGUGACUUUGACAGGCGUUAUAAUACAGAAGAGAAGACAGACCUCUUUGAAGUUAAAGUAAAAGAUGUCCCUCGUUACUUUGAGUCCUUUCAGAGUAAGAUGGACUAUCAUCCAGCCCUGAAUGCUUUAAAAGAGUCAUGGGGUAUGUGGCUGAUACUUCACACAGACCAGAUUAACAUACAGAAUGGCCUCACUGAAUUGAAAGAAGACCUCAUCCAGCACUUGCUAGAUACAAGUAACAAACUUUUACAAGGUCAGAGUGAAAACCUUUAUGACCACAUUCAGCAGGCUUUAGGACGAACUGCCUUGCACUUUCAAAACAAAAACAAAUGUGACUAUGGAGCGAAAUCUUACUGGAAAAAAGUCUCUGACUCCGACAGCUACUACAGAGCUGUUGCACUGUAUAACCAGGCCUACAUUACCAUUAACAUGGCCAAAGAAGGCUACAAAAGUGAGGCGCGUUCCUUACUUGAGCAGGCAGAGAAGGCCAUAGAUGUUUAUGUAUCAGAAACAACCAAAACACUAUACUUCUGUUCCAUGUCUAUAAGUCAAAAUUUUGAACCACAUCAUAGCGGCAGCUGUAACUUCCAAAUACAAAUGCAGGGAAGGAUGAACAUAUUUAACUCAUGGAAGCGAAAUAUCAAAAAAAUACUUGACUUGCUUGGAUCGGGCGAAGGAGACUUCAAAACUGUGGAUUUGACUCUUUACAACUUAUCCACUGAGGAGGAUUUUGUGUCUUGUAGUGAACUCAGUCUCUUUCGUAAUUAUGGCCUUGCAGUUGUGUUUGAGGUGGAAAAAAAGCCCCAAUUCUCAUUUGAUGCCCUGAUUUGUUGUUUUCUUGGUGUUGUUCAGGUUGUUGCAGGAGUUCUGGUCUGCAUGUUGUCAGCUGGUUCCAUGUCCUCAUUUGGCCUUGGUUUGAUCUCUGAAGGGGUGUCUGACAUGAUCAGUGGAGUCAUGGGCAUGAUAAAUGGCACAUUUGAUUGGGCAUCAUGGGCAAUGUCUAAAGCAAUUAGUAUCGGAAUUUCUUUGGCCUGUGGGGGAUUCAGUGUUCUCAAAAGAUCAUUCUCCUCUGUGAAGAAUGCUGCAAGUAAUAUACUCAAUGGCACAAAAUCCCUAAAAAGUGUUGCAUGUAGUGCUCUCCGGUCAGGAAAAAAUCUGUUUGUUUCAUCAUGUAAAUCAGCCAAAUCAGUGUUAUCAUCAAGUGUGACGCAGAUCUCAUGGAAUGCGGCCAAACCAACUUUAAAACAUGCAUGUAAAUAUGCCGUUCAGGAAUUGGCUAUUCAAGGGGUAAACACUGCUUUGAACACAUGCAUCAAUAAUACAGUGCAAAAGACAUUCCAACAAGGAUUUCGAGUUACUUUCAAAAACUCUAUCUGUUCAUCAUUAAAACAAAAUAAACAGUUUGGCCGAGCGCUCAGAGAUUUCAUUAGCUCAGGAAUUCCAAAGGCUGCCUUGGAGAAAAGCUCUGGUUCUUACAAGAUUAGCAGAACUCUAGUGAAUGAAAUGAAGAACUGUAUGGUUUUCAACACAAAACUUGUCAUGAAUGAUCUCAUAGUAAACUGUAAAGAAAUACAUCAGGUGAUUAACACACUCUCACAGGUAUGGGACAAAUCAGCAGAGUUUGUUGCACAUCGCUCUCAUGCCUGUAUCAAGAUGCUUCUGACAACCACAAGCAUUUCCACCACCAUUUAUGAAAUGUAUUCCUCCAUUCCUACUAAACAUACCAUUGACAAUAAAUUUGUUCCUGCAUUUUUGAAGACCAUGAAGGAGAAUCCAGUAUUUGAGACAUAUGACAAUGAUGGACGGGACAAACUGGAAGAUGUGGAACGUCUUAAAGAUGAACUCAUUGACUUAGUUUCAGACAUUCUUUCGCAAAUCAUGGUGGAGAGUUUUUCUGGGUUUGCCACAUCAAUGUUUACAAAAACAUUCACUCAAAGACUAAACUCUGCUACUGGAAAAGUGGUUGGUAAUUUGCUGGGGAGGCAUGAAACCCAAAGUUUCUUUGUGAGUCAGCAGCAUCAUUAUGAUCUGAAAUCUGCCACUAAAUGCAAGGACAGAUCUUUGACUGAAGAAGAACGAAAUGAGCUCACAUGCUACGCCAAUAAUAUAACUGAUGAACAAAAACCAGCAACAGCUUUAGAAGUCCAUGUCUUGACAAAUAGUAACUUGCUGAAUGGAAAAGGAAUUUGUAUAACUGUAGUAGAUCAUAAAGGAAAACUUCUCACAGAGGAGACUUACCCAGGAACUGAUCCAGCAGCUGGUACAAUCAAACUUGUGCUGACGAAAACACCUCUGACUGCUCCAGAAACAAGAGGAGUAUUGAGUAAACUGACAGACUGGGUUAUGGGAAAAGACACUGAACAGACUGGCCACAUUGAUAUUAUACGCCCUGAUGGCUCUCGGGAAACUGUGAACUCCUCAAAUCACAACUGUCUUUUUCAUGCUGUCAUUCAAGCAACAAGUAAUGACCCAAAUGAUGUUGUAAAACAAAAAGCUGUAGAACUUCGCAACAAAAUCAGUGAUGAGAUUAUUGGAAAACCACACAAGUAUAUUGAUUCUGUGAAAAUUCAGAAUAUGUUCAACCGCACAAACAGCUCCAAUAAAUUUAAAAUUGAAGCUGGAUUAAGACAAGGGGACAGGGAGAAGUUUGGAGAGUAUAUCACUGGCAAAACUCCAAUGGACAUUAUUAAGGACUACAACUUAGGAAAAGUGGAAAAAUACGAAAGCCUUUUAGACAUGGAUAAACCCACUCCAGGAAUGGUUGAAGCAGACCACAUUCCACCAAAGAAUAGUUUAAAUGAAGCCUAUAGGCUCCUCAGGAGAAAUCCAGAAAUGGCAAAUUCACUCAAAAGCAACAACAAGGCAGCCUAUGAUUUGGUGAUGAGCAUGAAGGAUGACCAGAAUGGAAGAAACCAGCUCUGCAUGAACACCCUGUACUCGGAUCAUCGACGUGCGCUGACCACCGGCAACAGUUCUGAAGCCAGAGCAUGCAGACGAUUGCUGACAAACACCUUAGCAAAUGGAGAUAUGGAGAAAGUGUUGAAGCAGUCAUUAAUAUCAGCUCACCCGGGAUGCUCAGACAGCAUUCGGAAGAGUCUAGGUAUCCGUCAUAAUACUGCGACCCAGAAUUCUGGACUUGAAACGACUGACACAAACAAAUACUACAAGGAUGGAUUUAUUAGUAUGGUACAUAAAUACAACAGGAAGGAUCUGAUAAACCAAAACCAAACAGAUCGCCUGAUGAAGUGGGUGGAAGAGGAGAGAUAUUUGGACACGUCUACACUGGAAUAUAGAGAAAUAAAAGAUGUUGUAAACAGAAGAAACACAGCCAGAACAAGGCCAAAUUUUUUCCGCCAUGAGCUGUAAUGUUCGUGUCAGAGUUAACGUAAGUGCUUGACUGUACGAAAGAAAUAAACCUUGUUAAGACAAAUAAAUCUAUUUAAAACUUUACCUCUACACGUACUGAAAAUACAAUACAAUACGUUAA